CCCAUGAGCGAGCCUUCCGAGUGAGCAACCUGCCGGGCUCCACCCGAGGACCCCUACGCCCGGGAGCUCCCAGUCCGCAGAGCCAGGGUCUUGACGACCUCUCUAGGUAAAGUGAAAGAUGCCUCUCUUCUUCCGGAAGCGGAAACCCAGUGAGGAGGCUCGGAAACGCCUGGAAUACCAGAUGUGUCUGGCAAAAGAAGCUGGGGCUGAUGAUAUCCUUGAUAUCUCUAAAUGUGAGCUGUCAGAGAUUCCAUUUGGGGCUUUUGCAACAUGCAAAGUUCUGCAGAAGAAGGUGUUGAUUGUACAUACGAACCACCUUACUUCUCUGCUUCCCAAAUCCUGCAGCCUCCUGAGCCUUGCAACCAUCAAGGUUCUGGAUCUCCAUGACAAUCAGCUGACAGCCCUUCCUGAUGACAUAGGGCAGCUGACAGCUCUCCAGGUAUUGAAUGUGGAAAGGAAUCAACUGACGUAUCUCCCACGCUCCAUUGGGAACCUGAUCCAGCUCCAGACCCUCAAUAUAAAAGACAACAAGUUGAAGGAGCUGCCAGACACCACGGGGGAGCUGCGGAGCCUGCGCACUCUAGACGUCAGUGGAAAUGAGAUUCAGAGAUUGCCGCAGUUGCUUGCACACGUUCGGACCCUGGAGACGCUGAGCCUCGACGCCUCGUCCAUGCUGUAUCCCCCGCGGGAGGUGUGUGGCGCUGGCACCGCAGCCGUGCAGCAGUUCCUCUGCAAAGAAUCAGGGCUGGAAUAUUACCCCCCUUCUCAGUAUCUACUGCCUGUUCUGGAGCCAAAUGGAGCUGAGAUCUCCCAGGACAGCCCCGAUGGGCCCACAGACAGGUUCUCCCGGGAGGAGGUGGAAUGGCAGAAUAGGUUCUUGGACUAUGAAAGGCGGAAGGAGCAAAAGGCGCUGGAGAAGCUGGAGUUCGAGCGGCGUCUGGAGCUAGGGCAGCGGCAGCACGCCCAGCUGCUUCAGCAGAGCCACAGCCAGAAGGACGAGAUCCUGCAGACAGUCAAGGAGGAGCAGACACGGCUGGAGCAGGAACUAAGUGAGCACCAGCGCUACCUCGAUGCAGAGCGACAGCGGCUACAGGAGCAGCUGAAGCAGACAGAGCUGACCAUCGCUGGCCGCAUCCAGAAACUCCUGCGAGACAACCAGAGGCAAAAGAAAAGCUCCGAGAUUCUGAAGUCACUGGAGAAUGAGAGAAUAAGAAUGGAGCAGCUGAUGUCCAUAACCCAGGAAGAGACAGAGAACCUGCGGCGCCGAGAGAUCGCCUCCGCCAUGCAGCAAAUGCUGACCGAGAGCUGCAAGAGCCGCCUCAUCCAGAUGGCCUAUGAGUCUCAGAGGCAGAGCCUGGUCCAGCAGGCCUGUUCUAGCAUGGCUGAAAUGGAUGAGCGGUUCCAGCAGAUUCUGUCAUGGCAGCAGAUGGAUCAGAACAAAGCCAUCAGCCAGAUCUUACAGGAGAGUGCCAUGCAGAAGGCUGCGUUCGAGGCCCUCCAGGUGAAGAAAGACCUCAUGCACCGGCAGAUCAGGAACCAGAUUAGGUUAAUAGAAACUGAGUUACUGCAGCUGACUCAGCUGGAGUUAAAGAGGAAGUCCCUGGACACAGAGGCGCUGCAGGAGAUGGUGUCCCAGCAGCGCUGGGCUCUCAGCUCCCUGCUCCAGCAGCUGCUCAAAGAAAAGAAGCAGCGGGAGGAAGAGCUGCGGGACAUCCUGAUGGAGUUAGAAGCCAAGAGCGAAACCAAGCAGGAGAAUUACUGGCUCAUCCAGUACCAGCGGCUUUUGAACCAGAAGCCCCUGUCCUUGAAGCUGCAGGAAGGAAGCUUGGAGCGCCCGCUGGCGGCCCUCCUGGUGGAGCUGUCUGCCGAGCACUACCUGCCCAUCUUCGCCCACCACCGCAUAUCUCUGGACAUGCUGUGCCACAUGAGCCCCGGGGACCUGGCCAAGAUGGGUGUCUCAGAAGCUGGCCUGCAGCAUGAGAUCCUGCAGAGGGCCCGGGACCUGUUGGACAUAGCCAGGAUCCAGCCAGAGCUGAAGCCAACCAAGGCCCUGGAGCCCCUCCCUGCCCCCCAGGAGCCUCCUGAGUCAGUGAGGCCUUCAGCGCCCCCUGCCGAGCUGGAGGGACAGGCCUCCGAGUGCGUCGUGUGCCUGGAACGGGAGGCCCAGAUGAUCUUCCUCACCUGUGGCCAUGUCUGCUGCUGCCAGCAGUGCUGCCAGCCGCUGCGCACCUGCCCGCUGUGCCGCCAGGAGAUCACCCAGUGCCUGCGGAUCUACCAUAGCUGAGCACACAGCCAGGCACAGCAGGAGCUCGGCGCAGCCUCCACCAAAGCAGGCCCAGGCUGCCGUCCGCACAUCCCUACCCCACCCAGAAUAGGACCAGGCCGGCCUGGGCCUCUCCCCGCUGCUGCUCAUGGGAUGUAGCUGCUAGCCGGAACGCUGAGAGGAAGGCGGGGCAGCUCAGCUGGUGAUUGGGCCCCUGGCGGCCCAGGGAGAGGCCAGGGUGUGGAGAGGCGGCUGUGCCAUCAGCGAGGUUCCCAGAGGAACAUCAUAGCCAAGCCGCGGUUCCAUCCCCAUCCCCACCCCCACCCUGCCUCUCAGAGCACUCUAUUCCGUCCUCAUCUGUGCAGCCCACCCAGCUGUCCCUGGCCUGAGCAGGGGAGGUCAUCCAGCUAGGACAGGGAGCCACACAGGCCUGCACCCUAGUUCCCCUCUGCUGCUCCCUGAGCAUGUCCUACCUGCUCUCCACCCUACCUCACUCAGACAGCUCAGCCUGAAGCAGCAAACAUCAAUAAAGCCAUUAGCUGCUGUUA